UCUUUUGUGCAUGUAUUGUGCUAGAUGGAGAGUAGGAUCUCUGUAGAAUUGCCAUGGGGUUCGACGAGAGCAACAGAUAACUGAAGGCACUCAUUUAGUAGGAUCCUUUAUGGGCAGUGAUUCUGCACUUUACACGCCUCUGCUGUGCGUGUAGUAAGGGUACAGAAUGGUCCUUACAGCUCCACCUACUGCCACAGGAUGCAGCAUCAUCCUCAGCACUGAGAUCCAGGGGCAGAUGGUCCUUGCAUAGAGAUCUAGCUGGAAUCUUACAUUUUUAUUUAGAUAUAGAUGCAGCUAAUGAAACAUUAGAAGCCACAAUUCUUCGUAAUGAGAUGAUUAGUAGCAGCGAAGCAGCUUACACUGUGUUGCAAAGUAGGAUAUAGCAAUGGAGGCACAUAUGCGGCCACUCAAUUGUGAAUGUGGUGUAUAGCCUUUAUACUAUGUCAUCGGAUAGUCUGCAGAGGACAUGAUGAAGACCCCCUGCAACUUCAUGGAUGACAACACAAAGGGCCCAGACUUUUAAGUGCAGUAUUGACAUUGGAUGACACACCACGGCCAACAGUCUUGAAAGUUCACAGGUGCGCCUCUUGAUUAUAGUGACUACAGACAUCUUGCUGAAUUAAAUAAAGUAAUCAACAGGGAUUUACUGACCGAAAAAAAUUAUCUAUGAUGGCAAGGCUUCGUAGGAAGGCAUGCAUCGCUCUUUUUCUCUUUACUUUAUUUAUUUUUGGCACAAUGAUGGGCUUGAGAACGUUAAAGCCUUCUGAUGGAUUUUCUGACUUGGCCCCUGGCCUGGAGCUUAUUCCCUUUGCUGAACAGCCUGAAAAACGUUCUGCAUCUAGUGAAGUUAUUUCCCAUCCCCAGGGAACUGUAUACACACAAGACCACACUAAUGUAUACAAUGACCUUCACAUUUUCUACUAUAUGUGGUAUGGCAACCCCAAAUUUGAUGGAAAUUAUAUUCACUGGGACCAUGUUAUGGUACCUCAUUGGGACCCAAAGAUAUCUGCAAGUUACCCAAAGGGCAGGCACAGCCCCCCAGAAGACAUUGGCUCUAGCUUCUACCCAGAGUUAGGGCCCUACAGCUCCAAAGAUCCUGUGGUUUUGGAAGAACAUAUGAGGCAGCUAAGAGCAGCAGCUAUAGGGGUGCUUGUACUGUCUUGGUAUCCUCCUGGCACAGCUGAUGAAAAUGGAGAAGCUGUGGAAGACUUGGUUCCCCUUAUUUUGGAGGCUGCCCUCAAGCAUAACAUUAAGGUGGCUUUUCACAUACAGCCCUACAAAGGGCGAGAUGAUCGUACUCUGCAUGAUAACAUUAAGUACAUCAUUGACAACUUUGGAUCUCAUCCUGCAUUUUACAGAUAUAAAACCAGUACCAGUAAAAGCCUACCACUUUUCUAUAUUUAUGACUCAUACUUGACUCCACCAGAGUCUUGGGCCAACCUCUUGACACUUACUGGUUCCCACACUAUACGUAACACACCGUAUGAUGCAGUCUUCAUUGGUCUUUUGGUGGAGGAAGGACACAAACAUGACAUACUCACUGGUGGAUAUGAUGGAAUUUACACAUAUUUUGCCUCAAAUGGGUUCUCUUAUGGAUCUUCCCACCAGAACUGGAAAUCCAUCAAGAGCUUCUGUGACACAAACAAUCUCAUGUUUAUACCAAGUGUUGGACCAGGCUACAUAGAUACCAGCAUUCGGCCAUGGAACAACCACAACACCAGGAACAGAGUCAAUGGGAAAUAUUUCGAGACUGCACUUCAGGCCGCUCUCACGGUUCGGCCAGAGAUAGUGUCUAUAACCUCCUUUAAUGAGUGGCAUGAAGGGACCCAAAUUGAGAAGGCAAUGCCAAAAAAAACAGCAACUCGUCUCUAUUUAGACUAUGUGCCCCACCAGCCUGACUUAUACUUGGUUCUCACAAGAAAGUGGGCAGAACAUUUUAAUAAGGAGAAAGAGCAGUGGCUGAUGUAAAUGUGCAAUAUCUCUUCACACUCUACAGGUGUGAACAAACAAAACAGUUCAUUAACAAGAAGUUAAUGUUCUUUGGAAACUAAAUAACGCAACGACGAUUUGAUAAAGACUCCACUAAUCACAGGAGAUCCUAGCAUAAGGUGUUCCAAAGAUGUACGUCAUCUCGUGCUAACACAAGCUAUAAACAUAAAUGAUGCACUAUCAAGCCUUUAUUCCUUGCAGGUUUUUAGCCUGCAAUUAUUUUCCACAUGGCAAACUGGUGGAAAUUAUACAGUUUUUACAAAGUGAUAAUUUGAUAUCUGAGGUGACUUUUACUGCAUCCAAAAACGAGUUUACAAACCAUACAUCAUUUUAAAUGUUUUCUUUUAUAACUCCUAAUCAAGGGACAACAGAACAAAGAUGUUUGCAAAGGGAUUUCAAAUAAAAUGAUAUCAAAACUUUUUUAAUGCUUUAAAGAAAGCAAAGUGCAUGCAGUUGUUUUACAUGAAACCCCUUUCAGUUUAAGCCUUUAUGUUAUACUCAGAGCUGAUCUCCAAAACUACUUUAAUAUGUUCCUUAAUGGAGUUUUUCUGGGGUAUAGAUUAAACCUUCAAUAACAAGUGAGUGGGAUCUAUGCUGUAAAGUUAACUUUGUUUGACACCUUUCAAUCUUUUUGUAACAUUAAAAAAUAAACUUUGAAAACUA